GGACUGACAGAGGACAGCACCAUGUGGAGGAGCCUGUCCAAAUAUUUCUGUGUCUUCUUCCUGCUGGCCCUGUCAGGCCUCUUCUUCCUGUUAAGCAACGUCAAAGUUCUGGAGAAUCUGAACUGCCAAACAGUGUCAACAUUCUUCCAGCUCCAGAGCAGCAUCCACACAGAGGCCCCUUCUCCUCUGGACCGCAACAAGAGCUACUGUGGCCUCCUGGGCCAGGAACCCUCCGAGGAGGCUCUGGAGGAGCGUUACCUCCUGGAGUCCAUCGCCUGGCCAGAGCCUACGCCCCCAUCUGUGAGUGUGUCCCUGGACCACACCAGUGAUCCUGCACACAGCCAUUUUGUGAUCCUGCCAGCAGGGGGGCAGGAGAGAGUGGCAUGUGGGGACCAGCUGGAGGCUCUGGUCCGGAUGCACAAUUUCCUAGGGCAUCUCAAGAGCCAUGGUGGAGACUUCUUGCUGGCCCGAUUGUACUCCUCCGGAUUGGAGGCAGGCGUUGCAGGACAGGUGCUGGACCACAGGAAUGGGACCUACUCCGCCAUUUUCCCAUUACUAUGGCAAGGGUCUGCACAGGUGGAGAUGACACUGGUCCAUCCAAGUGAGGCAGUUCAUGUUCUACGACGGUUACAAGAGGAACGGCCCGAUCGGGUUUUCUUUAAGAGUCUGUUCCGCUCUGGAAAACUGUCCCAGACAACUGUAUGUAACCUGUGUCUGCCGACAAACCAGAAGCCGCUGUGCAAUUACACAGACCCCCACACGGGGGAGCCCUGGUACUGCUACAAGCCCAAGCUGCUGAGUUGUGACACACGGAUCAACCACGCCAAGGGAGGCUAUGUGAAACAUCUGCUCACCAACAAAGAGGCGUUGCUCUUUCAGAGUGGUGUAAACAUCAAAAUUCACAUUCAUCCUUCCGGGUCUGACAGUGUCACUGUGCUGCCUGAGAAAAAAGACAAAGCAGACGUGGAGAGAAGCAGCAUGAAGACGGAGCCUACCAGAAUCACUCCUUCCGGGUAUUACUUCCAAGGGUCAUGGCGAGCGCUGACUGGUGGUGUGAUACGCCAGUUUAACGACUCGUCUGCCAUUACUCAGUGUCUGAAGGGCAAGGUGGUGUACAUGUACGGAGACUCUACUGCCAGACAGUGGUUCGAGUACCUCAACGCCUUAUUACCAGAGCUGAAGCAGUUUAACCUUCACAGUCCUAAGAAUGUGGGGCCCAAUAUGGCGGUGGACAGCACCCACAACACCCUACUGAGGUACCGUUGUCACGGUCCUCCAAUCCGCUUCUCCAAUGUCAUCGCCAGUGAGAUGCGCUAUGUAGCAAACGAGCUGGAUGGCCUGACUGGUGGGUCGAACACUGUGGUGUUUAUUAGCAUAUGGUCCCAUUUCAGCACCUUCCCUGUGCAGGUCUACAUUCGCCGGCUACGCCACAUUCGGCGGGCGGUGGUGCGGCUUCUGGACCGUGCUCCGGGGACCUUGGUGGUGUUGCGUUCAGCCAACCUUCAGGCCCUAGACCCACAAGUGAGCCUGUACAAUAGUGACUGGUACUCAUUGCAGCUGGACAGGGUGCUCAGGGCCAUGUUCAGGGGUCUGGAUGUCUUGCUGAUAGAUGCCUGGGAGAUGACCCUUGCCCACCACCUCCCCCAUGCCAUCCACCCUCCCCCCAUCAUCAUCAAAAACAUGAUAGAUAUUAUCCUCUCUCGUGUCUGCCCAUGAAGAGCUAGCAGAUUGAAGGCUGGAUUCCGUAUCGCCUAAGUAUCACAGAAGAUCCGCGUAAAAAUUCUGCUGUAAUUUCCGAUUUAACCGACAUAUGCAGUGUCUAUGUGAAUGCAGUCUCCGCAACCGCGGGAACAUUGCCAUCAAUUGUCAAUCGCACUAUAAAGCGGAUCUUCGGCGCUACGGAUUGAAUAGAGCCCUGAGUUAAAUGAUUUAUGUCAGAAUUCUCCAUUAGUCAACACGUAUACAUAUUGACAAAAUGCCUAGCAAUUCAAAUUCUACAUACCGAACAUUCUGUUGAUUUACCUGUUGUCACGUCAGACUGAAUGACCUGUUAUGAUUGUUACUCUCUCAAAAUGUGGCUCGGAAUGUAAAUAAUGACCUGCACAUUUGUCUGUGAACAUUUGCCUUAUUCUCAACUCCAGAACAUUUAACAACACUCCCAUUUUCAAACAUAUAACUAAGAGGGAUAACACACAAAUGAAUAGGUGCGUAGCCUGAAACUGAGAAACAUACAAUAGAAGACAAACUUCCAGACACAUAAACACAAAAGUGUACACGUGCACAC